GAGGGACUCGUCGGCUGAUUUAUCGUGAAGCGGGAUCACGAGGGAGGGAUGGUGUUCUUCUGCUUUCUGGUGGACCAGCGGCGGAUGGUGAGGAGGAGCAAGCCGGCGGCGGGGAUCUGCUCGAGGUGCGGGGGUUGCGCCAGCGUCGCCGACAUGGUCACCGCCACCCGCUUCUGCUACGUCCCCGUCUACCGCCGGACCUGGCGGGCCAUCAUCUGUACCUUCUGCGGCGCCCUUCUCAAGUCCUACCGAUAGAAUAUAUAUAUAUAUAUAUAUAUAGAGAGAGAGAGAGAGAGAGUUAGAUUAUGUAUAUGCAAACGCUUGCUCGUUGCAGCACAGCGGCCGGCGUUGCUCGAUGCCAAUGCCAUCAAGUAAUUUGUUUUCUAUUUUGUCGUUUUUUUUUGUUUUUUUGUUCCCGUUGAAGAGGGUGGAAUUGCUAGGGAGUUGCUUUUAUAUAUAUAUAUACAUACAUAUAUAGAUAUUUGGUUGAGAACAAAUGUCGAAUAAUAUGUGUAUAUAUUUAUAUAUGGAUCUUACCUUGUCGGAUUUUCACUUC